AAGACGGCAUUAUUGUCGCAUAUCUAUUAUUUUAAACAAUUUAUCUAGCUAGGUAGAUAAAAAUAGGGGAACCCGUCUUUCUCACAUUUUCAAAAUGUGUUUGACGCUUUUCUUUUCCUUCCUGUUCGCCACAAACCUACCCUAAAAGAAGUUCGCCAUCCUUUUUCUUGAUUCCCUCCUCCCCUACCCCCCUCCCCUACUCCCUAACCUCCCUAACCUCCCUCUUUCGUCUCGAUGGGCUUUUGGAUGUGCAUUUGUAUGAUAUCGCGAUAGCUUGUCUUUUUUUUCCCCUUCGCUCAUUCUACCUCUCAUUCAUACCUUCAUUUGGCUCGCCUUAUUAUCGCAACCCUUGCUCUCCUUUAUCGAGACGGAGCUUACGCGUCCACUACGACGUGUUAAUCAUAUUGUGGGGUAGUAGUGAACAGCUACUUUUUUUCUCUUUUCUUUUCUUCUCGACUCUUAGCUUAAACAGUUGAUCUGUUGCGCGCGCGCAACCACAAGUGAACUCAAUGGGAUGGAUUACGGAUCAGUAUUCUUUUCCUCGGCAGCUGGCUUCGAGUCGAUACGUCGCGAUGGUGCUGUCCCGCAGACGUUCGCUCUUAUUUCUGGGCUUACCAUUAUUUCUAUUAAUCUUGCUUUUUUCCGGUAGUGUCGGCGUUGACAACGAAUGGGGACAUAAAUUAGACAGCAUAGGGGAUAACUUCAAAGCUGGUGUUAGCUAUGUAACCGGUAACGGUACCGUCCAAAUAUCAUAUCCUUCGCCCGAUGCACCUCAUAAUACUUCUAUGCCAUCCAACUCGACGCUCGUUCCCUUCCCGAGCGAGUUGGCUAGCGGCGCCACUGAAACUACCGUAAGGACCAAGCCGUACGCCCGGCCUGGUUACGAACUACCACUUGCCAAUGGGGUACCUCUUCGCAUUAUGGCGCUUGGUGCCUCGACCACUCGUGGUGACAGUCCUGAGGAGGGAAUCGAUAAUAACGGUUUCCGCCGACCUCUCCGCGAGAAACUUAUGGCUAUUGGCAACAAGGUCAACUUUGUCGGAACUCAACGCCUCGGAAACAUGACCGAUAAUGAUAUCGAGGCCUAUCCCGGUGUCGUCACUCAAACUAUCCAUGGAAACGCGAAGAAGGCUGUUCCUAAGUCGAAACCUAACCUCUUCCUCGUCAACGCUGGAUCCAACGACUGUUUCCAGCACGUCGAUAUCGACAACUUCUACAAGCGUUAUGAUGCUUUGGUCCGCUACCUCCUCGAAGCCUCGCCGAGAUCCACCGUUAUUAUGUGCACCAUCCUACCUACGUGGGACACGCGAUUCAACGGUCGAGAGGAAGUCUGGAAGGUCAACCCGCAGAUCCGAAGGCUGGCCAAGAUCUACAAGCAGCAGGAACUUCCCGUGGUUCUCGCGGAGAUGCAAGGCCCCGACGGAAUUCAAGACGAAAAUCUGGCUUCCGAUGGUAUGCACCCUGGUACUGCUGGCUACGAGAUGAUGGCCACCAAGAUGUACCAGGCUAUUGUGGAGGCGGACGCCAGGGGCUUCCUACAACCCCCUGAGCCUAUGCCUGGCAUCCUCGACGACGGAGACGAGGAGCGCAAGGACGAGGAUUAUAAAAAGUGGGUGGAGCGAAAGAAGAAGAUGGAGAACGCGCUAGAAGCGGCAGAGCAGAAAGAGAUACACAGGAUGCUAGCGGAAUUACAAAAGAUCAAGAACGAGAAGGAUAAGCCCAAGGAGAAGAAGACCAAGAGCACCAAAUUACGGCGACGUCCAAAGAUGCUGUUCUAGUUAGGCUGAUAACAAGCGGCUUUAAUGAUUUAAAGAGACAAUUGGGCAACUUUCUAUUAUCUUUUUACUAUUUAUUACUAUUGUUAAUAAUGGGUUUUGCCUAUACGAAGUAACGGCCGCCUUGUUGUUAUCAUACGCUAUAUACCAUGUAGACUAUUUAUCUACCUACCUACCUACUUAGGUUAGGUACCUAUCUAUUAAUCAUACCCAAAAAGAAGGCAGAGAUUAGAACAAGCUUCCUCUCGUUUCUGUAAUGGUUAUUCCGUGAUGUUACGUAGUACAGACUCCCGGUGUACACCUUUAAGUGUAACUUGUUAGGUACUCGUUCUGAUAGGUACAUCCAAUUGUGCGCACUCCUUCCCGUCCUUUCUGCAGUCUGCAUGUAAUGUGAUUAACAUUUCGUACCAAACUUGGCUGUUUUACUCGGUAGAUUAGCGAUCGAAUAAUAGACUUGUAUGUAGAUUAGGUAGGUAUAUCAGUGUAGGUAUAUGUAUGCCUGAUAUGAUGGUAUAGACUCUAAUAAUAGAUGAGACUGCCGAUGGAUCUAGUUGCU